ACUUUCAUAAGUCUAUGGAGUAUAUUCUGCUUCGAAAAAUAAAUUGUUAACCUAUACGUAGCUUUACAAGACGCAGCAUGUAUAUCGUUGAAACUAAAACAUGUGCAGGUUUUGAAUGGGCAACUAAACUGAAUCGUCUCACACUGAAUAUCGCCGGUAUAUGGCCGAAUGAUAACAAAAGUUCCUGUGAUAAACUUUUAUCAGAUCUGCGCGCAUUAUUUUCUUUACUCCUGUUUAUUUUCAUUGGCGCAAUUCCCGCGAUACAUGCACUAUUGAGAACUCGGGAUGACAUGAUGGCAAUGAUAGACAAUCUACAAUUCACUUUGCCGUUAUUAACUACGAUAAUUAAAGUCAUUGUCAUAUGGUGGAAGAAAACAGUAUUUGCUAUAACAAUCGAUAUCUGGAAACGUUUGCCGGAUAUGUCCGAUGCUCUUAGAGCUAUAGAAUUUGAAACUCUGUGCUAA